AUUUUGCAAUCUGGUUAGCAAUUAUCUCUACAGUGUAAAUUCAAGAGAUGUCAGUAACUGAAUCAAAGAAUGGACCAACGAUAAGGACCUUAGUCUUGGAUGCUGCGCCACUUAUCACACAAGCAGCAUCUGCUUUACAACAAUUUGCUCAAAAUUUCUAUACUACACCAGGAGUAUAUGCCGAAUUAAAAGAUGAGCAUGCUAGACAACAAUUGGUAUUUUGGGCUGAUAAGUUACAGGUCAGACAUCCUAAACCAGAGUAUAUUCAAAAGGUUAGUAGUUUUGCCAAAUUAACUGGUGAUUAUGCUGUAUUAUCAUUGAAUGAUAUUCAUAUUAUUGCAUUAGCUUAUGAAUUAGAAGUUGAACUUAAUAAAGGUGAUUGGAGGUUACGUAAAUACCCUGGUGAAAAAAUAAGCUUUAUCAAUCCAAAUGCUCCAAAGAAGGAAGAAAUUAAAGAAAAAGUUAAAGAAGAAGCUACCGAAGAAUCAACUCCAGAAAUUGAAGAAGAUGUAAAUAAAGUAGUUCAAGAAGAUCAGACUAAAACUAAAAAACCACGUAGAAGAGGCGGUAAAAGACAAAGAGAAAAGAGAGAAGCUGAAUUGCAGAAACUUUUAGAUCAAGAAGACCAGGAAGAAGAAGUAGAAGUAAAAGAAGAAACUAGAGAAUCUGAAAAAGCUGAAGUUGAAAUACCAACCAGUGAAAUAAAGGAUGAAUCUCUGCGUGAAUUAACUGAAGAAUCAGAUUUAAGUGAAGACUAUAAUGAGGAUGAUGAUGAUGGAGAAUGGAUAACCAAUGAAAAUUUGUAUGAAGAAAUGCUCAAAGAUAAUAAUGAGCAAAUUCUGGAAUCAGAUGCUAAGAAAAAGACAGGACCAUAUAUUAAAUUAGCUUUAGCUACAGGAGAUUUUGCAUGUCAAAAUGUUGCUAUGCAAGUAGGUCUUAAUUUAAUGAAUCCAUUAUCAGGUAAACAAAUCAAGAGAGUUCGUAAUUAUAUGUACAGAUGUCAUGCAUGUUUCAGAUUAACUCCAAUACCUAAGAAUGGUAAACCAAAACAUUUUUGUCCAAAAUGUGGUGGUAAUACACUUUUAAGAUGUGCUGUAUCUGUUGAUAAUAUUACUGGUAAAAUUACUCCUCAUUUAAAGGCUAAUUUUCAAUGGUUUAAACGUGGAGAGAAAUUUUCUAUACCAUCACCAUUAAGUAAGAAUCAACAAAAGAGACAAGGAAAUGGAGGAUUUCAACAUAAUAAGGAAAGUCGUCAUAAAUCAUUACAAGAUCCAUUGAUUUUAAGAGAAGAUCAAAAGGAAUAUGCUCAAGCCGUUAAAAAUGAUGACUGGCAAAGAAGACAACAAGAAAAGAUGUUACAAGAAUGGGUUGGAGGUGGAAGUGCUGAUAAUUAUAUGUCACCAUUUACAUCUUCCAAUACCACAAGACCUUCUGGAGUUAAGGUUGGAAAGGGAAGAUUUGUAAAUUCAUCUAAAGGUAAAAGAAAGUAAGAAAGUAGAGUAAUUAUAGAAUUAAUAUUAACAUUAGCAUUUACAUUUACAUUAUAGCAUAUAACAAGCCCCCCUAAUAAACGCACCGAUUCUAAAUUUAAAAAUUUCUGCACUGCCA